AUGGCUGAAGAUAGUUUGUUGCUUCCUCUACUCUGCGGUUUGAUUGCGAUUGUAUUAAUUAUUGCCGUUUUCUCUCGUUUGAUCAAGAAACCUACACGAAGAAAAGUUAAAGAGGCGAAAUGUGACGCUUCGAAAGAAAUACCAACAAGUCCUGACAAAGAUUUGGGCCGAAGAAGAACGCGCGUUGGCCUACGAGGAAAUGAGCUGCACUCUAGCGCUCUUUCCACAGAUAAAAUCAUUCCUCGAAGUGUCAACUAUCACUUUACAAGACAGUGCAACUACAAAUGUGGCUUCUGCUUCCAUACCGCAAAAACUUCAUCCGUUCUACCAAUUGACGAGGCGAAACGAGGAUUAAUGAUGCUCAAAGAAGCAGGGAUGGAAAAAAUCAACUUUUCUGGAGGAGAACCUUUUAUCUACAAACGUGGCGAAUUUGUUGGAGAACUGACGCGUUAUUGUAAGGAGGAUCUGAAGAUGCAGUCUGUCUCAAUCGUGUGCAAUGGAAGCCUCGUUACGGAACGAUGGUUUUCCAAAUAUGGAGAAUUUCUGGAUAUAAUGGCUGUGUCGUGUGACAGUUUUGACGAGGAGAAAAAUCGUCAGAUUGGACGUCAUCAGUCUGGGAAGGGAAACCUGAAGUGUUUACAGAAUAUACGUGAUUGGUGCAAACAGUACCACGUGGCUUUCAAGAUCAACACGGUGGUUAACACGUUUAACGUUGACGAGGAUAUGACCGAGCGCAUCGAGGAACUCGCCCCAAUUCGUUGGAAGGUUUUCCAGUGUCUGCUCAUCGAGGGAGAAAACUGUGGUACAGAUGCGUUGCGACAAGCACAAAAGUUUGUAAUUUCUGAUGAUGAAUUCAAUCAUUUUGUUGAAAGACACUCCAAGUUAAGUUGUCUUGUUCCUGAAUCAAAUGAAAAGAUGCAGAAUUCGUAUCUCAUUCUAGACGAGUUUAUGCGUUUCCUGGACUGUAGAUCUGGCGCAAAAACUCCAUCCAAAUCUCUGCUAGAUGUGGGAGUUGAAGACGCCAUAAAUGCAAGUGGAUUUGAUGAACAGAUGUUCUUCAGACGAGGAGGAAAAUACACGUGGAGUAAGGCGGACAUGAAUCUGGAAUGGUAGCCUGAUGUUACACUGCGGUCAAACGUCGGGCGUGCGCGAGGGUAUCGAUUGUAGCUGGCCGCGCGCCAAUUUCCUGCGCAAAAGUUCACUGGAAAACAUAAGAAACAGCCACCAUCGCGCAAAAUAAAAUGACGGAAAAUUGAAACGUUCAUAGAAAUCUCUGAAAAGAAACAGAAUUAGGAAAAUGGAAAACUCAACACUUCUCGAAAGCUGAUUCAAGGGUAUCUUGUUGAUUUACCAAAUCGCGCAGCUAAUUACAGCAGAAGCGCUUGAUUUCGAAUAAAAUUGUUGAUAAAACAAAGGGGAAAAUAAAUUAACUUUUAAGUUCAUACCCCGAACGAUUUAAGAGGGAUGCAUUCCUUGGUCUCUCCGUCCAAUCUACAGGCAUAUAACCUUGCUGUUGUGAAAAAUUAUAUUUAAACUGUUUUUGAUAUAUUGCAUUUAUGAAAAGAACAUUUGGAAAAUUUUUGUACAGCUCUUUCCGAGGUACUCGGACCUAACUUUGCGUCCGAGAAAUAAUAUGAAAAAGUUACUUUAGUAUACUUAAUUAGCUAAGCUGCACCUCCUGAUCAAUGCGAGGAGCUGUUUCCAGACUUAACACUGUAUCACAUGCCUUAAGACAUGUUUAUUAAUGGUCACUAACUUUCAUUUUCAUGGUGCUAGAUUUUAAGUACUCAAAGAUCGAUUUAAUCAACUUCUUUGAAGAAUGAAAUAUUUGAAAUUGUGUUUAACGAGACGGCUUUUGAGUGAAUGGCGUAUUAGAUCAUUUUGAAACGUUCGGUGUGAUCGCGUGCAUUCUUUUUAUUCGCGAUUUAUUAAAUUUCAAUGGAAAAAUUUCUGACGCUUGAAGAAUUUCAAAAUAAAUUCGAAAUUAAGGUCAAUUAUUUGCAUUAUUUUCAAUUAAUUGCUGCCAUUCCUUUAGAUCUGAAAAGAAAGGCUCUUAAUUCUCCUGUCCCUGAUCUACUCAGUGAACCGUCAGAAUACUUUCAGUUUGAAGAUAGUACAAUAUUUUUAACUACAUUUCGCUGUAAAAAUUAUUAUAAAAUGUUUAUUGAAAGACUUGAUACUGAACCCUCUGCAAUUAGGUCUUGGAAGAAACAUUUUACAGAACUUCCUAAUUGGAGCAACUGUUUUGUGGAUAUAUAUAUAAGUCUUCGAAAGAUAAUAAACGCAGAGAAUUCUCUUUUAAAGUUAUGCACAGAAUAAUUCCUACCAAGAAAGAACUGAUGAAAUAUAAAUUGGCCUCUGAUGACAAGUGCCCUCUAUGUCUUAAUCCAGACUCAAUUGAACACACUUACAUUGUCAAGAAUCAACUGAUUUCUUUACAUAAACAUUAGGAUGGUUUAAUGAUGUUCACAAGACUAAGAUAAAACUCUCAAAUAGACAAAUUGUACUCAAUACGUUUGAAGACUCCUCUCCAUUGGAAUCAUCAAAUCCUCUUAAAAGUAGACCACGUCUUCUGUUUUUAUCGCAAAAGAAAUAUUUGUGCACCUGCAAGGGCAUACAAGAAGCCAAAUUUAGAUUAAUUCGUGAGCAAGUUAUUUGAACAGCACCAUAUUGAAAAUGGUGGCAAAUCUUAUUAACUUACAUGUGGCAACUGACAAGCUUUUACUCUGAUUCAUGCUUUUCUUCUUUUUUUGUGUGUGAACUACGUGUAAUGGUUAUGAAAUACAUUUUGUUACUUUGCUAUUUUUUUAUUGACUGUUGUAAAUUAGUGUUUACAUGUUUUUUUUGAUUC